CGGUUGUGUGUGAGCAAGCAAACAUCGACUUUGAUGACCGACCUGGGGGAAAUUGAUGUUUGCCGUGUCCCUUGAACAGACAAAUUGAUUGAGCGCUUGGAAGCACCCAACCCAAGCCUGCUACGCCACGCUAUAGACCCUCAAACUCUAUACGGAAUCCCGUCUUCAAAUUGACGAUUCGAGUCUCAAAUAUCGCUCCAACUUCUAUUUCGACGUCACGGGGGAGCACACAGUGAAGAACACAAACACACAUCUUGUUCAGAUUGACUGUGUCCUUUUAUCAAACCUAAUGCAAAAAUGCCCAAUUCAUUUUGGGACCUGCCAAAUGACAUUCUGCUGUCAAUAUUCGAUCAGCUUGAGACCCAAGACAAGGCAGCGCUUAUCGCCAUCAGUUCCAAAUAUCUAGGUCUGCUCGAAAGGCCACUCUACCGCUAUAAUGUUCGCCAUGAGGACGCAAGUGCGAUGAUGUGGGCUGCGCGGCGAGGUCGGCUUGACACCCUUCAAAAGGUCUACGCUGCUGGAGCAGAGCUCAACGACCGCACGUCUUCUUAUGAUCUGGAUCGAAACCUCGCGAAGCUAUCCCCCUCGCUCAACAGAGGAGAUGUCGAGUUUACCGCGCUGCACCUGGCUGCGCGUGCAGGCCAUGACCGUGUGGUUCACUGGCUGCUUGACAAUGGAGCGCGGAUCAAUGCCCCGGCCCUGGGACUCUGUCGCUGCGAUCUGCUGCUUGAGGAUUUGGAGGUCGACGCCACCGGUCACAGCCAUUCUGAAGAUGUCUGCUUUUCCAAGACGCCAGUGACGGCCCUUCACUUAUCAAUAUGCUUCGGAAGAGACUCCACCGCCGAGAUACUUCUCCGUCGCGGCGCUUCAGCAUUUCCCCCACUGCACACCGACGAGGAUGUUCCCGCCCUGACCGCCUUUCAUAUUGCUGCCUUCAAAGGCCGACUUGAGACACUGCAGUACCUGGUCAAGACGCGGCCGAUCCUAACAUAUGCGGGUGACGGUUUAGGGCGCAACGCACUGCAAUAUGCCAGUCUCAACACUGGUGAUCAGCGGGUCGUUCAGUUCCUUGUCGAUCUCCAACUUGACCCGCCAGACGAAGAGGACGAGUGUCUCCCGGCCCUGGAGUGUGCUGUCUGGAACCACAACUUUGAAGCAGCGAAUGCCCUCAUCGAUGCCGGUGAGACCAUAGACACCCGAGGCACACGAUUCACCGCUUUACACAUGGCUUGCAUCGGCCGCACGCAUUCCCAUCUCUCCAAAGACAUGAAUGGUGACAUAUGGGAGCAGUCUCGCCAAGAACUGCUUCAGAGGCUCGUGCAGCUUCCAGGUGUUGAUCUUGAAAUGGAACGAAGCGAAGACUAUUACCCGGAGCCGUACGAGGGCCGCACACCUUUGAGUCUGGCCUUGACCCAACCGAUUCGGAAUGUCGAGAUCCUCUUGGAAGCCGGUGCUAGGCCGGAGUCGGACACGCUGCAAUACUUGCUUGAGCCCAUAGGACACGAUGACGAACUUGACCAGAAAGUUGUGAUGCUGUUGAAGCACGGACUGCCGCUGGAGGGUAUCUACGACGACAACGAGGAAUUUGUGACUGUUUUUCACAAGAUUGUUGAUGACCACCUUUCGGCACUAUAUCCAAUGCUGUUAGAUUUAGUCCUAGACAACCUUGGACCGGCAAAUGCUUCCGAGGCAUUUCUUCGUCAUAUGUCGGACAGAUUGUUCAUGAGGGCAGCCCGGUAUCCUUGCCAUUUUGACUAUGGGGCGCUGGCAAGAUGCGCCAAACUUAGCAGAAGAGGCUACGGUCCUGUCUCACUCCCUUCUUCGGAGCUUAGCCAGCUUCUACGGCUUAUAAUCCGUAACGACAACGUGCGAGCAUUCAACCAGUUGCUGGAGAUUGCGCCUCACAUUCUGGAGAACGAUAAGCUCCUCCGCAAUGUCUUGUCCGCAUCACCCGAAAGCGAUGGAGUAAGCGCGCCGGGUCAAAUACCGUUGAGACUUCUUGGCUUGAGGAAUUGGGAUCUUUCGCCGAAAAGGCCACACUUGGUCAUGGCUGUGAAGCGUGGCUUCACUGAAGUCGUCAAAGAAAUGCUUACAAGAGGUGCAGACCCACGAGUAGCUGACUUAAACGGUGAUGUUCCCAUCGACACCACCAUUUCUUGUCCCCCACACGCAAGAAUGGCUGUGAUGGAAUGUCUGGUUCAGGGAGGAGCCGACAUAUUCUGGCGUGUCAGAGGAAUAGAUGGACAUGACAAAGUCUCCUUCGCCAAUUGCAUGGUCAUCAGCUACCGGGACGUAUACCUGAACAACAUCGGUUUGAGAACCCCGAUCACGGUUCUCGAUAGGGCUCUCACUCAGUAUUGGGAUCUUACAAACGUUGCGAAGUACCUUGACCUUCGCUCCGUCCCAACGGCGUACCUUUUCAGGUUUAUCUGGACGUGUGUUGCCCUGUGUAUCGUCUGGCCUGAUCGCAGCCAGCCGAUUCUCAAACUCUAUGCAUACUGGGCGACGCUCGACCAAGAGUCUCGGGGCGUAUCCGAGAUGCAGUUCCUUCAUGUUUUGUGCGGCCUCUGGGAGUGGAUAUCCAAGGACAACAUGCUGAACGUGCUACACAAAACAGCCGUGGAGAUCAUCUGGAUCGUCAGGUAUGGGCUCAAACGGCCCAUGGUAAAGCUUGCACCGUCGUUCGACCAGCUGUGGACGCAGAUUGCCGAUUGGAUGAUGGCCAAGAAGCGAAGUGGUGGUCGCAACCAUCGCCUCGCGCACCUCAUGAAGGACUACUUUGUGAUUGAGACGGUUGAAGGCCCAUCUGGUCCCAGAAAAGUAGUCGUAUCGCUUUCGUCGAGCCAAGUCGACAGAAACAAGAUGGCCGACUCUCAAAAGCGCACUCGAGCGACCAGGGAUGUACCAGGCCCCGGUGCGCUCAGGGACCUAAGGCCUCGAGGGGAAAAGGCGAAGCUUGAGACAAACACGCCGCUCCCACAAGGCAAGUCCAGAGUGGAAUGCAUCUUUGUCGAUGAGACUCUGUGGCGUCACGAGAACAAGCAUGCUAUUGUUCCGUUCUUGUCACGCUUCGAGACGCAGGCAAAGUUACAAAGAGAGAAGCAUGGUAAAUACAGCCAGAGAGGGAUCCCGGCGUAAGAAUAACCACCGAUCGUGGUUUUUGGAUGCUUGCGUUUCACGCAGGGCCGUCUAUUCUUUCACAUUACAAAUGACUACAUUCAAAAGCUCGGGUAACAGUUGGGUAUCGAUUAUUCAACUAUGAUAAAAUGUUUCCCCUCUUAAAAAGCCAUGGACCACCGCAAGGGUAACUGAUCGAGCAGAGUGUGGGGGAGAAUUUUAAUCUACCAUCCGUAUUAGACGAUCAACCCAUGGACAUAGUAGUCUAGUUGAACGCAUAUGCUUGAAUGGUGUGGCUAGGCCAACCUUCGAAGGAUGGCGUUUAUUAAUGCUGGGACUUUUGCAUGGCGACUCGUUGAAAAAUCAAAUCCGUAGAACCUACGGUCAAUCGAGUAUUGAACCUGUUUGCUAGUUCAUGAUGUUGCACCAGGGAGGCUGUUACUCCGAAAUGAUGCCUAUACUCCAGGCAGUGAGCAAAGAACCACACAGGAAUCAGAUCGCAACAACGCCGUGCAAGGUAGAACGCCGUUGCAAUAACGCCAAGAUCCAAAGGGAUUGAAGGACGGCAAAAAUUUAUGCGAUUUCUGGUCAAGGUUAGUGUCAGUAGCAGUGCGGGUGUUGUGACAGAGACUUGGUGGGCACGCACUGUCUAGACCCAAAAAGUCCGCCGCCAUGAGGAUCUCCAGACAAAGUUCCGUGGGGAUCUCAAGGUCGGGAACGUCCUGAUCAUCCCUGUGCUUGUACCAGUAGUGGAAGUACUCGACUACCUUGCUCAAGACUACGCCACUGGGCGGUUGUCAGCCUGCAGCCUAUUUUGAGUAAAGUGGUUGGGAGGGUUGUAGUGGCGAAGAGGGUUGUUUUGAUCAGAUCAAGUGUAGAAAAAUAAAGAAGCUCCAUGCAGUCCUGCAGGGAAAACCUGCAAUGCCUCGUCAGGCAGCUCGUGAACAAUGUUCGACUUUCAUCAUCUGGAAACAAGGCGCGGGCGUCGAGGGAAGCUGCGUCGUCAAGGCCUGACGAGGAAGACAAAAUUGAGGGUCAAGUGCACCGGGAAAAG